UAAGUGUGAAGAAAGCUCAGCAUGGGAAAGCAAAACAGCAAACUGCGACCCGAGAUCCUUCAAGAUCUGCGGGAAAACACAGAGUUCACCGACCAUGAGCUGCAGGAGUGGUACAAAGGCUUCCUGAAGGAUUGUCCGACUGGACAUCUCACGGUAGAAGAGUUCAAGAAGAUCUAUGCAAACUUCUUUCCUUACGGCGAUGCAUCUAAGUUUGCAGAGCAUGUAUUCCGCACCUUUGACACAAACGGGGAUGGGACGAUUGACUUUCGGGAAUUUAUCAUUGCGUUAAGCGUCACUUCUCGGGGGAAGCUGGAACAGAAGCUGAAGUGGGCGUUUAGUAUGUACGACCUGGAUGGGAAUGGAUAUAUAAGUCGUGGAGAGAUGUUAGAAAUUGUUCAGGCAAUAUACAAGAUGGUGUCAUCCGUGAUGAAAAUGCCAGAAGACGAAUCUACACCAGAGAAGAGAACGGACAAAAUCUUUAAGCAGAUGGACACAAAUAAUGAUGGUAAGCUUUCCCUUGAAGAAUUUAUUAAAGGUGCCAAGAGCGAUCCCUCAAUCGUGCGAUUGUUACAAUGUGACCCAAGCAGCACAAGCCAGUUCUAAUUACGCUCCAUCCGUACGGACAGCCGCAACCAAACUCUGGCUUGUCAAUCAAGCUUUGCUUGCAAGUGAAUGCCUUCUCAGUCAUUCCUCUACUGUUAGCGGAUCUCCACCCCCCUCCUGCCAGAUUGUUUUCUAUGUAUUAGAGAGAAAACAGCCUUGCUCCCCAUUCCAUUUACCAGUACACACGACAUUCCUUUCCUGCGUUGCAUCUAAUGUCAGGUAUGUUUACAUGUGGAGACAGGAACACAGAAGAUCGAUGCACAGUCGCCGCCCGGAUUUUACACACGUGGAAUUGUGCCGACAGUGGCGUCAUGACACUAUACUGAACUUGGUUAUACUAAGAUAAAAUAGAUGGCUGUUUCACUUUGCAACAAAAGCCGGAAAGAAGAUGAGGACUUUACAAUGAAUACAUUGAAAGCACAAGAGUAUAUAUAUAUAUAUUAUAUUUUUUUUCUUUAAUUCUUAUUGCUUGAAAUUCUGUAAUUAAACUGUCAUUA